ACCUCUGCUUUGCUGGCUAUAAGCUCUUCAUUGUUGGUUUUUUAUGGGGGCUUGUCUGCUGAGAAAGAGAGAGGGUUCUUAGUUUGGCCAAUCCGCUAUCUAUACACUCUGGUUUUUCACAAAGUCCCCACUUUCACCUUUGUUCUUCUCCUUCAACUUUGUCGUCAUCCUCACACCACUACAAAGCCGAAGAAAAAGAAAAAGCAAACACAACGAAGACCCUUUUUUGCUCUUCUUUGAUUCAAUGGAUCCACAGAUCUAAUGCUUUGUCUCACGCACAUCACAUGAGCUUCUUCUUGCUCUUUCCAGAUCCUCCUCUUCUUGAAUUGUAGCCCGCAAAUAGCUUUCACGAACGGGCCAACUUACUGGUGUAUAAUUAUUGUGCUGUGAAGUUGAGGAGAACAGCAGUCAGAUUCGGGAUUUUUGUAGUCAGAGUUGUUUUCAUGUGGAUGAGAAUUCUGAGGGUUGUUUGGAUGAGAUGAGGGAUGUUAUCGGAGUUGAUGAACUUUUUGAGGGCCUGUUUUCGGCCAAGGUCUGAUCGAUAUGUUCACAAGGGUUCAGAUGCAGGGGGGCGCCAAGAUGGGCUGUUGUGGUACAAAGACUGCGGACAGCACUUGAAUGGCGAAUUCUCUAUGACUGUAGUCCAGGCCAACAAUCUGCUUGAGGACCAGAGCCAGAUUGAGUCCGGCAGUUUGAGCUUGCACGAGACUGGCCCCUAUGGUACCUUUGUUGGUAUCUACGAUGGGCAUGGCGGCCCCGAGACAUCGCGCUUUAUCAAUGAUCACCUAUUUCAGCACCUGAAGAGGUUCACUGCAGAGCAACAAUCGAUGUCUGUGGAUGUGAUACGGAAAGCAUUUCAAGCAACAGAAGAGGGUUUUAUGUCUCUUGUUACCAAACAAUGGCCAUUGAAGCCACAAAUUGCGGCCGUUGGGUCAUGUGCUCUAGUUGGUGUUAUUUGUAGUGGAACCCUUUACAUUGCCAACCUUGGUGAUUCCCGUGCUGUCCUGGGAAGAGUGGUGAAGGCAACAGGGGAGGUUUUAGCCAUCCAAUUGUCAGUAGAGCAUAACGCGUGUAUAGAGUCUGUGAGACAGGAGCUGCAUUCUUUGCAUCCAGAUGACUCACAAAUUGUAGUAUUGAAGCAUAAUGUAUGGCGUGUAAAGGGUAUUAUACAGGUUUCUAGGUCUAUUGGUGAUGUGUAUUUGAAAAAGGCUGAGUUCAACAGGGAGCCUUUAUAUUCCAAGUUUCGGCUUCGUGAACCUUUCAAAAGGCCAAUACUGAAUUCUGAACCUACAAUUUCGGUGCACCAGUUGCAACCACAUGAUCAAUUUAUUAUAUUUGCGUCUGAUGGGCUUUGGGAGCAUCUUAGCAAUCAGGAAGCAGUUGAUAUAGUUCAAAAUCAUCCACACAACGGAAGUGCAAGAAGACUGGUAAAAGCUGCUUUGCAAGAAGCUGCAAAGAAGAGAGAGAUGAGGUAUUCAGACUUGAAGAAGAUUGACCGUGGUGUCCGCCGGCAUUUCCACGAUGACAUCACAGUGAUUGUUGUCUUUCUUGACUCAAAUCUUGUGAGCAGGGCUAGCCAAAUCAAGUGUCCAAAUAUAUCUGUGAGAGGGGGUGGCAUAAACCUUCCCCCUAACACACUGGCUCCUUGUACCAUGCCAACUGAAGCUGGCAAUACCUAGUUAAGCUGUAUCUCCUGUUUGUCUGUUGUAUCAUUUUCUUUGUGAAUACCAGGUAGCUUCCAGAAGAGAUCACAUGAGCAGGACUUUAAUUCUUUAGUGUACACUGUCAACUUUAACUGGAAACUGAUACUCGCAUUUAGCUUCUGCGCCAAAAACGAAAAUACUGGAGAAAAAGAACUUUUCUAGAUGAUACUUGUUAUUUCCUCGGCACUGUUUAUACCA